AUGCACACAUUCCAGAAUCGCCGGGCAAAGGAGAAGCAGAUGAGGAAGAUUGCUGAGUUUGAGGCGCAGCAGGCUAGAGAGCGAGCCGCUUCCGAGUCCAAGUCAUCUGAAGGGCACGAUCAGGCCGUGGAAAGCGAAUUCUUUGAGCUGGAUAACCAACACCAAACCUCAAGUCUGUCUAGUGGGACAUUUGGAGAAGAAGACGACGAGGUUAGGGCCGAAAGCGACAGUUCCGCGUCUUCUACUCCCGGACCUGCCGAGCAGGACGCCGCCAAGUUCGGCGAGACUCUGGAGCCUGAUGCGGAUUGCUCUAUGCAAGUAAAACGCGAGGCAUUGCACUCGCCGGCUCACUAUAUAUAG